CGGACCCAGAGGUGACGGGGCCUGAUGGGACAAAGCCAUGCUGUGGGCAAGGAGAAAUUCCUCAGUCUUUCCUCUGGCCACUCUAGGAUUUGCAGCUGCUUUUCCUCUGAUGGUUCCAUGAUUUCCCAGGAGCUGAGGGCUCCCUGUGUGCCCCUGCUGUGCUUCAGGACAAGGGUUCUGUGGUUGCUGCAGCAUGGUCCAAGCCUGCUUGCUGUGCUCCAGAGUUCAUAAGAGCAGCCUGGCAGCCUGGGCAGCUGCAGCAGACAUGGACAAGCCGGACAAGCCCAGUCCCUCUGCCAAGAAGCACGUGCGUCUCCAGGAGAGGAGGGGCUCCAAUGUAUCGCUCGUGCUGGACAUGAGCUCUCUAGGGAACAUGGAGCCCAUCCAGCCUGUCUGCACGCCACGGGACAUCACGCUGAAGUUUCUGAGGACAUCCAGCCACGUGCUGAGGAAGCAGGAGCUCCAGCAGCACGCCCAGAGCCUGGCACAGCUCCAGGAGGAGUUUUCGAAAAUCCCACCCAACUUCGUGAGUCCGGAGGAGCUGGAAAUCCCUGGACGUGCUUUCAAGGACAGAUACAAAACCAUUCUCCCCAAUCCUGAGAGCCGGGUCUGCCUCAGGAGGGCUGGGAGCCAGGAGGAAGACAGCUACAUAAAUGCCAACUACAUCACAGGCUACGCGGGCCGGCCCCAGGAGUACAUUGCCACGCAGGGACCCAUGCUCAACACCGUGACUGACUUCUGGGAGAUGGUGUGGCAGGAGGAGGCUCCUCUCAUCGUCAUGAUCACUGAGCUCCAGGAGUGCAAGGAGAAAUGUGUCCACUACUGGCCUGAGAAGGAGGGCACCUAUGGCCCCUUCACCAUCCACGUGCAGGGGCUGAGCGAGUCUGUGGAGUACGUGAUCCGGGAUCUCUCCAUCCAGCUUGGAAAGGAGCACCGCAAAGUCAAACACAUCCUCUUCCCUUCCUGGCCGGACCAGCAAACACCUGAGUCAGCCAAGCCCCUGCUGCACCUGGUGUCCAAGGUGGAGGAGGCUCUGCAGACUGCAGCCAGCCCAGGGCCCAUUGUGGUGCACUGCAGUGCAGGCAUUGGCCGCACCGGCUGCUUCAUUGCCACCAGGAUCGGGUGCCAGCAGCUGCAGGACAAGGGGGAGGUGGAUAUCCUUGGAAUUGUGUGCCAUCUCCGCAUAGACAGAGGUGGGAUGAUCCAGACGAGCGAGCAGUACCAGUUCCUCCAUCACACACUAGCUCUCUACGCUUCCCAGCUGCCAGAUGGGGGAGGCCACUAGUGCAGGGCUCCCACCGGGCUUGUGGCUCCUUGCUCUGACCUCUCCUGCACCAGCCUCGGGGACACCUUCACCAAAACCUCUCCUGAUGCUGCCAGGCCACAGAGCAGCAGCAUGAAUGUCCCUCGGGGUGAUGAGCCAGCCCACGGGGACCCUGAGGAUGAGCAAGGUGAGGUGGUGCAGUGGGUGCUCCAGGUGGCCACUGCUGCUGGCUCCUGGCAGAUUUCACCCAUAGAAAGAAGCUUUGGCUUUUGAGAGGUGCAAGAUCCUGAAGCAGAAGAGCAAUCUGUGCAGAAGAACUGCAGCUGGCAGAUGCUGGGAGCACGGUUUGCCUUUCAGCUGCACACAAAUGUUCAUCCCGUUAAACACAGCGCCGGUGGAACUACCCUGAA